AUCGCACUGUCAGCACACUGCUUGAGAAUAAAAUAUUGUUCAAUUAAUGGAUAAACUAAUGGUCAGCUCCAAAUAGGCAGCGCAACUGCAACUGGCUGCCACGUGUUCAACAAAGAGUGUCGGCGAAAAACCCUGAGUAACAACAACUGCAAAACAUGUGCAAUAGCAACCACAUUGCAUGCAAACACAAUGUAAACAACUUGCAGCAAACAACGAACUCAGUUGUAUUGAGAAUGUUGCCACUGUCGAUUGUUUUGCUGCUCCUGCUGCCAGCUACAACGCUCGCUGAACCCCUCAAAGUCGUGUAUGCCGUCAAUGCCGGAGGCGAUAAGCAUACGGAUCAAAAUGGCAUACACUACGAGGCAGAUCCCAUCAAGGUGGGCAUCUCCUCAGACUAUGGCAAGCAUUUAUUGAUGAUUGGACGCGUGCAGGAGCAGGAUGAGAUACUCUAUCGCACCGAGCGUUAUCACACCACAACCUUUGGCUAUGAUUUUCCUGCGGAUGGCGAUGGUGACUAUGCAUUGAUCAUGAAGUUCUGUGAGGUUUAUUUCGAUGCACCCAAUCGGAAGGUGUUCGAUGUGCUCCUCAAUAGAAAGCACACAGUGAUCAAGCAGCUGGAUAUAUACAACCAAGUGGGACGUGGCUCGGCGCACGAUGAGAUUGUAUACUUUAAGAUUGUCAACGGGCGGCUGCAUUACGAAUACGAGGGAGAAAUCGAGACAUCCGAUGUGCGCAAUGGACAACUACGUCUGGACUUCAUCAAGGGAGCUUUGGAUAACCCAAAGAUUAAUGCAUUUGCAUUGCUCAAGGGCGAUGUGUCGCAGCUGCCACGUCUGCACAAUAGCGAAGCGAGCGAGCGACGUUCGGAGAUCGAGGAGGAAGAUAAGCAACGAGAGCAGCGACCACGUGACAACCAACAGCAUCAGGAGCGCAUUGUGCGCUACAAUGAGCAGCGACAGGCGCAACGAGGCUAUGACGAUGAGGAUGAUGAGGACGAGGAUGAUUACGAGGUGGAGGAGGGUGACUCUCAACAGCAGCAGCAACAACAGAUGCCGGAACAUCAGCAACAGCAACACCACCAUCAACAACAGCAGCAGCAAUCGAAGCGUCCAGUGCGUAGUGGACCACGUCAGCCAAACCCCUAUUCCAUGGAUGAUUCAUCCAUAUUGAUGCCAGUGUUUAUCGCCAUCGGAGCGUUUAUACCACUGCUGUUUUGCCUGUGCAAACUGUGAUCCCCAUGGGAUCAAUUACUUCGCUGCCCCGCUGUUGAUUUUUGUGAUUUUUAUAAAAGACUUAAUUGUAUAAUUAUCGUUUAGUUCUUUAGUACGUGAACACGUUAGGCACAAAAGCAAACGAGACAACAUAUUUGUUUUUGCACGCACAAAUCUCACUCAACUCUCUAUCUAUCUAGUUACAUUAUAUAUAACUACUAUAUAUACUAUAUAUUUUAAUGGUAAUUUGUAUGUUUGUGUGUUUGUCUAAUGGCCACGUUUUACUUAAGCUAGCAACGCAAUGAAUUUAAUUAUUUUAGAACUACGAUUUUCGGGUUAUUUGUUUAUUUUUCGGCAUCGAAAACAACACAUUGUAACGCUGUUUAUUUUAAUGGCAAAUGCUUAAAUAUGUUCUUUUCACUCACGAAACAAUAUAAAAAUAAACCUUGUUUGUUAUUUAAAAAGA